UAAAAAUACAAAGAUGACUACACGAGAGUCUGGGAGAGUUAAGGAAGGAGAGAAAAGGAGAGUUCUAGAUGAUGCGGCGAGAAAAAGGAGAGCCCGUAAAGCCGUUGAGGCACUCGAACAGGAUAAUUUCCAUGAAGACCCCCACGCAGAUCUGGUUAUGUCGAAAAAGGUGCCCAAGUUCUCAGAUUCUAAUGAAAAGCCCACAAGGAAGAAAAAGGCAAAAAGUGCGGAAUAUUACAAAAUGAGAUUUAGGAAAACGUUUGCGCAAUUGGUUGAAGAAGAUGCCAGUUACAGGCCUGAGCCACCUAAUUAUAUGUCAGCCCAAGUUGGGCCAUCAAAAUUUCCUGAUCGCCAUUUCUGCGCCGUUUGUGGAUUUUUAUCGAACUACACCUGCAUAUCCUGUGGGGCGAGAUACUGCUCCGUAAGAUGUCUCGGGACACAUUUAGACACGAGAUGCCUCAAAUGGACUGCUUAAAAUACUUACGUUUUAACAAUUCCGCGCACUUAUCACUUCUCGUAUAAAGACAAUAAAGUUUAUUUUGUCAAUAA